UCCCGGCGUGCAUCGCGGUUCGUUUACCUCGGCCAUUUUGCAUGAUUUCGCGGGAAGAGGAGUAAAAUUGGUCAGAAUUUUUAAUCCGAAGGCAUCCUCCGAUUGGAGAGGCCAAUCUGACCAUGGAGAGUUCGUACGGCAUCGGCGUAAAGAACAGGUAUGAACUCUUCUACGAUGACGAGGAAGACCCCACAGAGCUGCUGCGGCAGCAGGAAGAAGAGAAGGAACGGCGGAAGGCCGAGAAAAGCACGGCGAAGGACAAGAUCGGCAAAGGCCCCGCCGGCGCACCUGUGAAGGGCGUCAAGACACCCGUCAACGCGGCUGGCAAGAAGCAAGCCAAGGAGGCACCGGUUAGCAAGAGCCAGGAAAGGACCAUCGCACCCAGGGACGAUAACAAGCUGCAGCGGACGACAAGGCCAGACCGAGCGGUAAAAUUUGCCCCACCUAGUGGUGGCCGAGAGAAUCAGCAGGACUUCGAGGAACGCAAGAACAGGCGAAAUAGGGAGGAGCGCAUCUCAACGGGUGGCUCGGGCCCAGAUGGACGAUUUGAGUACGGAAGCAGGGACCGUGGUGAUGGUGAAAUUAGGAGAGGUGGCCGUGGGGGUGGUGGCCUUGGAGGUCGGGGGGGAUUUCCCCGCCGUGGCCGCGGUGGAUUUGCACCGGAGGGAGGCCGAGGUGGUGGCUUUGGUGGUCGGGGAGGCUAUGACGGACGUGGCAAGCGGGAAUUCGAGAGGCAGAGCGGCAGCGAUCGCAGUGGAGUGAAGCCUGUGGACAAGAAAGGUGGCGAAGGAUCCUACAACUGGGGAACUGUCAACGAUGACUUAGAAGUCCAGCUGAGUCCCUUUGGCGACGAGAACACGACGGAAGCAGCGGAGAAGAGUGGGGACGAGACGGCGGCUGGCGAGAAUGCAGCGGACACAAGGAUGAAGACGAAUACAUGCGUCGUGGUCGGCAGCGCCAGGUGGUCGACAUUGAGAUCAACUUUGCUGACCAGCGGCGUGGCCGUGGUGGUCGCGGAGGCCGGGGCAUGGGUCGGGGAGGUCCCGGCCGAGGCAGCUUCGGCGGGCCCCGCGGACCACCUCGUGAAGGCGGUGAGCGGCCAGCACGAGGUGGAUACCACCGUGGCGGAGGUGGCGCUGGCGGAGGCAGUGCCCCGAGUGCCGGGGGUGAGCCGCCCAAGCAGUCGGCACCCAAGGUGGACGACUGGAACGACUUCCCGUCGCUCGUGGCCGCCUGAGGCGCAGCCGGCGUCUUGUGUGCCACCGCUACUGCGCGCUGCCUUCUUCCGGCGCCAAGAGCCGUCUGGCGACAGUGUGCAGGAAGCGAUGGCCAGGAGGUCCUGUUUUGCGUGUGGCUACACUAUUGACUUCCCUGGCCCCCUCUCCCCCCCCCCCCCCUUUCGCCUUGUUUUUCAAGUGUGUGCUGUGAGACAGAUCCCCCCCCUCUCCCUGCUAUCCUGAGGAGGAAGAGACUGCAACGGUCAGCGGCCCUGCAGUUGCCACGCCCGCUCGUCUUCCCUGGAGGACUAUGGACAUGCGUGCGUGAGCGAGGCGGCAAGAGUAUGUCAGAGGUGCCGCUACACCCUCUCUCCACUUGUUGCGUCACUUCGUUCUCCUCGGCUCUCCUCUCUUUGGCCAUCGACUGGUUGCGUGGCUUCCUAAUUCACACGUUCGCUGCCUUCUCUGCCUUGUUUUUGGUUCAUACUUCAGGUUCGUGCGCACGCCGCCGUUGCCUCGUUUAGAAAAAAAAAAGCGCAAGUCAUUUGUUUUUCAUUUGUAGUUGGUCGCACAAAUUUUUCAGUUUGGUAACUGGAGUCGCUCAUUUACGUGUGAAGCCACUUGCUCUGCAGAACCCAAGGCCCUGCCCCGUGGUCGUGCGACACCCGUUUGGUUGUGGCGGCGUCCUUUUUUGCUGUUGUCCUGUUGUGUCCUCAAUGGGGCUUGGUCUUUAUUUUAACUCCUCUUCCAAUUUCCUCGUUAGGAGAGUGGUUGCACGUGGCUUACGUGAGUGUUGAGUGCUUUAAUAUAGUACAAGUUCUUUUGGAGUUUUUUUCCAGAGGGUGCAUUUGUGCGAUUCUCAGUUCCGAUGCCUCAGCAGUGUGAAUGUGUGGUGCGAUUUGUUUUUUCUUUGCUGACUCAAGUUGCGUUGGCUUUAAAAUUUCGCCUGAUUGCCUAUAAAUUUGCACGCCGAACAAUCACUGUUUCUUUUUUUCUUUGUUGUAGAUCCUUGGCACAGAGUGUGAUUAACUUAACUAUUGUGUGCAAGGCCGUUUUGACAGAAUUUAUAUUGGUUGAUCUAGCUUUUGCACCAGUAUUGCAACAAGCUGUGUGUUCUUGCUGGGAUUUGGUUGUCGAGACGUGUCGGGCACGGAGGUUGAUGGCACAAUUCAGCAGUCGUAAUGUGUGGCUGAAUCGGGUGUAGGGUGUGGGUAUUGCCUAGCAACUCUUCAGAAGUGCUGGCCCCAUGAUCAGCAUAUCGGGUUGUAUUUAGUAGUCGUCACUGCUGGCUGGCAGCCACACUUCUCCAGGUGUGCCUGGUAUUCGGAGUUUGUCCGUCCCGCAUUUUCCUGUGCCAACUUGAUUUCUGCAGUAGGGAAAAAAAUAAUAAUAAUGCCGCACUUACAGCUGCGCUUCAGCUUCCAACUGCCUUGAUUGCGCUUUGCGACAUGUCAUUUGUCAAUAUGAAAUUGCCCUGCACAAGUGGGUGAACCCGGCGAAGCAGUCCUUCACACUUGCAUCAGCGGUAUGACAGCUUGUUUUCUCACAGCUGCACUCACUUUCGACUACUGCUUUACGGUGUGACACGAAUGACGUGCGGACUUUUUUCUUUUCUUUAUCUUUACUAUUGUGUGUGUGUGCGUGUGUGGCUUGUGAUAGGCAAGUGUGUUGCCUUUUUUUUUUUUUUGCCCUCAACCUUGCAGUUUAAACUUUACACAAUUUACAGUGCAAAGGUUGAAGCAUUCUUGCAACAUACCAAUGUGUGCUUGUGCUGUUGGUUUCUCUAGGCCCUUUCUCCCAUUUUUGUACCCUUUCCCUCUCUGUUUCACGUGUUCGAGGUGUCUGUUAUUUUGCGCACGUGAAUCAGUGGUUGGUGGCGACUGGACCCAAGUGUGUUUAGGUUUCAGACACUGUUUCAUUUAUGGUGGCUUCGGUCGGUGUCUUGUAAAAUUGCCACAUAAGUAGCGAGUUUGACCUCCUGUGAAGUUGUGUGGGACAAGGAGGGAGUAACAAGAUAAUGUAAGCAUACACAUGCCCACACAUAAAACGAAAAAAAAAAAAAGCACGUGUGUCCUGUGGCACGUGAAGAUGAGAGCUGCGAGGCGAGAAACAAGCAAAAAGGCAUGGCAUGUGCGUGGUGUCUUUCUGGUUGCCAUGUAGCCUUGUAUUUUUCUGGGGCACUUUGGGGGGUUUUUUUUUUCCUCCCCUACAGGGUUGCAACCUGAAGGGGAAUCAUGUCGUUGAAUAAACGUCAUAGACAGUUA